CUUUUUAUCAUGAUUAAAUGAUAUUAUUAUUUAGGAUUAUGAACUGAAAACUACAUUGAAAACUGGCAACACUUCUGCUUACUUUUGUGAUGUCGCCUUCGAGUAUCGAGUGUCGUCGUCUUUUUUAAAGUUUUAUCAAGAUAUUCCCUGCUAAGUUGGUGGACGUGAUAAACUUUAGCGUAGCAUAUGUAUUUAAAAGUGACUUUUAAUGUGAAAUUUGUUUAGUGUUGGACUUCAAUAAAAUAAAUACUUGUGAUAAGUUUCUAAUUUUAGUCACCCCUAGUGGGCAUAUUUGGCAAAAAUGAUGACCGAAAAUAGAAUUAGUUCAAGUAAUCACGUCGGAAACAUGAGCAAUCAAAAAGGAGAUGUAAAUGAUAAAACUGUAGACGACAUUGGGUGGAAAGCGAAAUUAAAACUACCCCCCAAAGACAGAAGAAUCAAAACCAGUGAUGUCACAGAUACAAGAGGUAAUGAGUUUGAAGAGUUUUGUCUGAAGAGAGAAAUAUUAAUGGGAAUUUUUGAAAAGGGGUGGGAAAAGCCAUCCCCUAUUCAGGAGGCUUCUAUUCCUAUUGCACUUAGUGGUAAAGAUGUAUUAGCAAGAGCCAAGAAUGGAACUGGCAAGACAGGCGCUUAUUGUAUUCCAGUUUUAGAACAGGUUGACCCUAAAAAAGAUGUUAUACAAGCUUUAAUUGUGGUACCGACUAGAGAGUUAGCGUUACAAACAUCACAAAUAUGCAUCGAGCUUGCCAAGCACACUGACAUUCGUGUUAUGGUCACCACGGGAGGCACAAAUUUGCGAGAUGACAUAAUGCGUAUUUACCAAAAUGUCCAAGUUAUAAUUGCCACACCUGGGCGUAUAAUUGAUCUCAUGGAUAAACAAGUAGCAAAGAUGGACCAGUGCCGGAUGCUGGUCCUCGAUGAAGCAGACAAACUUCUUUCUCAGGACUUCAAGGGCAUGCUGGAUACUGUGAUAUCACGACUACCAAAAGAACGUCAGAUUCUUCUCUUCUCAGCAACCUUCCCAUUGAGUGUGAAACAGUUCAUGGAGAAACAUUUAAGAGAGCCGUACGAGAUUAAUCUCAUGGAGGAGCUCACACUGAAGGGAGUGACACAGUACUAUGCAUUUGUGCAGGAAAGACAAAAAGUGCACUGUCUAAAUACACUCUUUUCAAAGUUGCAAAUCAAUCAGUCCAUAAUAUUCUGCAACUCGACCCAAAGGGUGGAGCUCCUGGCCAAGAAGAUAACGGAGCUGGGCUACUGCUGCUACUACAUCCACGCGCGCAUGGCGCAGGCGCACCGCAACCGCGUGUUCCACGACUUCCGCGCCGGCCUGUGCCGCAACCUCGUGUGCUCGGAUCUGUUCACGCGCGGUAUCGACGUGCAGGCCGUCAACGUGGUCAUCAACUUCGACUUCCCGCGCAUGGCGGAGACUUACCUGCACCGCAUCGGCCGCUCGGGCCGCUUCGGUCACCUCGGUAUCGCCAUCAACCUGAUCACGUACGAGGACCGGUUCGCGCUGCACCGCAUCGAGCAGGAGCUGGGCACCGAGAUCAAGCCCAUCCCGAAGGUCAUCGACCCCGCGCUGUACGUGUCGCGCGCGGACGACGACGACGGCGACAAGUAACCGCCGCUCACUGGUGAACGGCAAUAGGAUGGUAGUAACACAAAAACAAAAACUUAUUUGUAAAAAGUGUAAUGAAUUUAUUGUAACAAAAUGUGCGUGUAUAUAGUUUAUUGUGGUGUAAGACUUGAACCUUGAGAGGGUUAAUUUUUUUAAAGUGUAUAUAAUAAACAUCGGGACUUCUUGCGAAAAGUACCUUGCGUUCUUUGUCCAUAUUGGAUUCUGUGCGCGGUUUCCUAAGAUUGUUAAAAAGUAAAAUAUUUAUCUGAGUAUCCUACUUGUGAGAGUCUAUCUAAAUUUGUCAGUUAUCUUAACAUAAAUUGUGGUAGACUUUUCAAAAUGUGCAUCUUUGCGUACCCUACCCAUACUUAUGCUUGGGCUAGCGCUGGAUUAAUUUUACACAAAACUUAAUAUGAUAUUAGUCUGUGUAUGGGUAGGCAAAAAGUCUAGCUCGAGAUGAACAUGAAAAAAGAAAUUGUUUAUUUUGAUAAAUCAGCAUCAAUGGUGUUGUUUCUGUCCGCUUGAAACAAUGUCAAUUUAAUAUCAAGCCGUCCUAUAUCCUAUAUUAAAAUCAGGUUAAAGCAAUGCAAAUAGCAACUCAAGUUUCCAAUUAGUAGGUCUUAUCAAAUUAAAAAAAAAAUAUAUAUUAUAUUGACCUCUUGAUAUUUCUCAUGUAGAGUCAAAUAUUGUGUUAACCUGAUUUUACAGUUGUUUUUUAUUUUGUUGAAGCGGAACAAGUCACAGUAUGUGUAUAAGAAUAAAUUUAAUGAAAAUUAAAUUUGUGUCACUAAGAUGGUGGGUUGUUCAGAUGUGAAAGACCAUUUGUCAUUCCUUUUUGAAUAUUAAUGAUGAAAUGGAAGUUGCAAAAGGGCAACCUUAGAAUUUUGAAAUUGCAAAACAGAAGGCAAAAGAAGUGUGACUAAUUAACGAAGUGGAGCAAUGGAAUCAUAUUGUCAGGCUUGCAUUGUGAGCAUUGCUCUGCUUAGGGGCAUUGUAGGUAAGAGUGUUUGUGUUCAAUUUAAUGUUAAACAGCUCUUGGGGAUCUAAAUCUUUGGGAUGUCUCGUGAAGAGUUAUGUGAAUUGGUCUCAGUCAACAUCACAAUUUGAAUAAAAUUUAGUUUUUAAGCGAUGUUUCCAAGCACUUACAAUAUUCAUGUUGAAAAUUGUAAUUUUUAGUGAAACAAUUCAACAUUGUUCAAAUAUCCUGUCUGUGAUAUAUUUUGUGCACGUGCCUGGUAAAAUGUGUGCAAAUGGCAAAUGGAUGAAAAUGUUUAAUAAUUUCGUCUUCCGAAUAGCUUUUAGAUCUAAAUGAAGUAAAAUUGGUGUGAAUUGUGACAUGGUUGUAAAAGAUUUCCUUUAACAGGACAUUAAUAUUUCAAUGUGCAAAGUUAUUUGGACUGUAGUGAAUGAAAAUCAAUCAACUUUGGAUAAGAAAUGGGCCAUUAUUUUUACCAUCACAUCUUUAACCAGGCGUAAUUAAUUAGUCAGCAUAUCAUUGAUAUUUUUGUAAAAAUGUAAUAGAUUCAAGAAAUCAUGCUAUAUUAUACACAUAAAUUAUCUUUUUUUUUGUAUAUUUUACUAUUCGGCACAUCAAUGAGUGAGUUGUAAUUUAUUGAACUAUUUUAUUGUAACUUCUGUACUAUAUGGAUGCAUGAAGGUUUAGCAGGAGCAAAUUAGUACUAGGGUUGCCAACAUUUUUUCAGAAAAAUAUAGUAUUUUUCAGAUUUAGCUUUAAAAAUUAUAGUAAGUACACUUAAAUAAAUAUAUCAAGAAAUAAGCAACAAAUCAACAUUUAUUUUUAAAAAAACAACAUUUAUUUACUCUUGUUGCAUUUUUCAAAAUUUAUUUGUCUGAAAUAAGUGUCAUGCUUUUCACAUCUAAUUUUAAAAUUUUGUUUGUUUAGUGUUUGGAACUCAGUAAGAUAGACAAGUUCGAAUAGCCUAGACGCUAUUGUAUCAGUUGAAAACUAAUGUUCAUCAAAAUUUUUAAUUUUUUUUUUUUAAUUUUGUUUGUUAGAUAUCAGUUUUGUAAAUACACUAUUUUUGCGUGCUAUAUAUUUCUUCAACAGUACGCAGACCCGAAAUAUAGUACAAUACUAUAUAUUAUAGUAAGGUUGGCAACCCUAAUUAGUACCCACAUAAACAGUUUUGUACUAACUACCUACACCUACAGGUGUUAGAAAGGAUUGAAUGUUCUUGUUUUGUGGAGUAGGUUAUAUCUUUCGUUGUUCGCGUCUUCUUUCGUUAAUUAUACACAAUGUAAGUACCUGGUGGUCAAAUUUAAUUGUGAUUUGUUAUGUAUCACUAACAAUACUUAGGUUCUAGAGACCAAAAAUGAUAUAAAAUGAUUUGUGAUAGUAGAAGUUUUUUAAUGAAUAUAUUUAUUUUGUAGUGAGACCAAAAAAGAUGUGCUAAAAAUAGAUAAAAUAUAUGACAAAUAGUCGAUAUUAUGUAUAAUAUUUUGUUCUCUUUCUGUAUGAAAAAAAUAUAUUCUUGUUGAAAAAUGGGCCAAGAAUAAACUCUUCACACAAA